GAAAAUGGCCAGCGCUGCUAGCACAUCGACUGCUACAGCUGGCGGAAACGCGGGGUCUGCCUCAAACAACACAGAGGAACAUCGACGGAUUUGGGUGGGGAAUCUGGACUCGCGCAUCACCGAGUUUCAACUUCUCAAACUAAUGCAAAAAUGCGGACGCAUUGAAAAGUUCGAUAUGCUGUUUCACAAGGGCGGCCCCAUGGUCGGUCAGUCUCGUGGCUACGCGUUUGUAACAUUUGCGGAGGACGAAGGCGCUACAAAUGCGCUCCUCAAACUAGACGGCAUAAAUGUAGGCAGCCGCUCGAUAGCCGUACGCUUGGCCAAGAAUAUCAAAUACGAUGAUUUGCAAAAGCCAAAACCUCGUCUUGAGAUACCUGCCCUCGGGACUGGUAAACGGGAGGAGAAAAUUAGCAAAUCCGAGGCCAUACGUGCCAUAGAGGCCAAAUUGAAAGUUUUGGAACGUCAAUCAGAUGAUAAUCUGGAGCUUAAUCCAGUGGGCCGAGGCGAUGCCAAUGUACCUUUUAUACAGCGAUAUCAGUUCAACAAGGAUCGCGAUAAUACACAACGUUCCGGGCCCGGUGGCAAAUAUCACAAAUCUACCGCGCCAUAUCAUCGCCAGCAACGGCCCAAACGCCGUUGAAUGCGCUGCCAAUCUGAGAUUUCUCAUAGCCUGUAGUCUGUGGCGACCCAUCUCAAACGCUGGUCACCUAAAACAAACCAUGUAGCAUACAGUCUGACGUAAUCAUUUAUACAUGUUUAAUUUAUAACAAUAUAUUUAUUUAUAGUUCGUUUGUAAA